AUGUCCUAAUAAAGAAGAAGAGAAUAGUUAUAAAAAAUAUCAAAUUCUCCAAAAGAAGAUUAAGAUCGAAAGAGAAGAGAUGAAUUAGAGAGAGAAUUUUUGAAAUGUUAGAAGAGAGGUUAAAUGCAUACAAAUUCAAUGAUGAAUUGGAUAAACAAACAUCAAAAUAAGGCAGAUCCGAAAGCCAAAGAAAUGUAUCGUUAUCUUCCUGAAGAGAGAGUAUAUUAAUUUAAAUGAACCAUCAGCGUAAACACAUUGAGUUAACCCUACUGUUUGAGAAGUUUGACAAUGAUGGUUCCAAAGCACUAGAUUUUAUUGAAGUAUUCAGAAUGUUCACUAAGUAUUUGUGAAUGAUGAUAAUAGAUAUGGGAUAUUCAUAACUAAGAAAGAAUUGUUAGAUUUUUUUAAGGUAGUUGACCAAAAUAAAGAUUUCUCUUUAAACCUUUAAGAAUUCAAAGCAUGUUACUUAGACUCAGCUGCAAGAGAUAUAUUUGCUAAGAUAAUGAAAUAGUUGAUUGAGAGAACAUAAUUAAGUGAAGAAGAGAUUAAUGCAGCCUUGAAUGAAAUGAAUGAAUUGAAUAAUUAGAAUAUCAAUUAAGAUUAGAAACCAAUCCCUGCUUUACCUAAAUCAUUUUAGGGAGUUAUAAGUUUACUAACCUAUCUAAAUACUAGAGAUGAGAUUAAAGAUAAAUUGACAUCAAAAUAAGUAAAUAUAUAUGAAUAAAUCAAUAAUUUAAAAUAAUUGAUUGAAUUGAGUAAUAAAAUUGAUGUUGUUUAGAAAGUGGAGAUUGAGAGAAAGAUUAAAAUAAAGAAAUCAUCUGAAGAUAGAUUGAAUAAAUUUAAAAAUUAAUUAAAGUAAAUUAAAGAUAGAGCUAUACAGACUGGAUAAAUGAUGGCAGAAGAAGAAUUAAGAUAAAAAAAUUCUGCAUUUUUGAUUACUGUUUUACCUUAGAGAAGAUACAAAUACAAUUAUAAAAGUGAGAAUAAAUUCAAAAAAAUUACACCAAAUAAAUAAGAUGAAUUACAUUUACCUCGUUAUACAGAUUAAAAAGUAAAUUAAUUUUAUGAAUAUAUGAAUAUUAAUAUUCCUGAAUAAUUGAAGAAUAUUAAUAAUAGAAUAUGGACUAAGUUAUUUGAAAAUAAUCAAUAAUUGGAUAUAAUAUUAUAAAAAAAUAGAAAAAAUUAAUUGGAAUCUUAGAGAACGGAUAGAUUAAAAUAAAAAAUUAAAUAAACUUUAGACAAUUUAUAAGCUAAUUUUGAAACGGAUUUUGAUAGUGAGGCUAAUAGAAAGCCAACUUUGGAAUCUCCUUAAGAAAAAUAAUCUAGUUAAUUUCCUAAUUUCUUUACUUCAAGAAAUUUGAUGUCAUAAACAUCAGAAGAAUUCAGAACAGCUAAAACAUCAAGAUUUCCUCCUGGAUCAUCAAAAUUAUCUUUUCAUUGAUAAAAUAAUGAGUAAAAAUUAAGAUUACGUAUUAUAAAACAAUUAGCA